CUUUGUGUUAACGCUGCUCUACACAGUUCAUAGUGGCCACAUUCCUGGUACCGUCUAGGUUACAGUAGUCGUUCAUGUGGAGCACGUUGUGAGGCAUCCGUGAGAAAGCCACUGGAUACCCAUUCAUCUUCAUAACACUAAAGAAAGUAGGAUACUCGAAUCGGAAAUAGGACUUUCUUCUACUGAAAGGAGACCAAGAGCUGACCAGGCUCCUUGGUGUCAAGAGUUUCUCAUCGGAACAAGCAGAGGUAAAAUCGGACACUAAAUCUGUGUCCAGUCGGCUAAAGCCUGAAGUGUACAAGUGCAUGAUAUGGAUUAAAAUCUACUGAGCCAAACUGGAGCACCACAGACGAUCGAAAAGAAGGGGAAGGGGUCGCAAGGAGCGCAAGGAGUCGGUGAAUUUACACCAUCAGCGAGAAAGAGCGUGCUUGCGAUCCAACCCCAAGACAAUGUCGCCAAAGGACAAACCCAAAAAGCCACCCAAGGACAGUAUGACGUUGCUGCCUUGCUUCUAUUUUGUGGAGCUGCCCAUCGUGGCUUCGUCUAUUAUCUCACUGUAUUUCCUUGAGCUGACUGAUGUCCUUCAGCCAGCCAAAGUGGGCUUCCGCUGCCACGACCGCUCACUGAGCAUGCCGUACGUGGAGGCGGGAGACGAGCUCAUCCCGCUGCUCAUGCUCCUCAGCCUGGCCUUCGCUGGCCCUGCCGCCUCAAUCAUGCUCGGGGAGGCUCUGAUGUACUGCAUGCAGUCCAAGCUGAAGCGUCGACCUGGCUCAGAGGCCAGCAUCAAUGCUGGUGGCUGCAACUUCAACUCCUUCCUGCGUAGGACAGUGCGAUUCGUAGGUGUCCACGUGUUUGGCUUAUGUGCCACUGCCCUAGUGACUGACAUUAUACAGCUGGCUACUGGCUACCACACACCCUUCUUCCUGACAGUGUGCAAGCCUAAUUACACACUGCCAGGUGUGGCCUGUGACAAAAACCCCUACAUUACCCAGGACAUCUGUUCUGGACGAGACCAGUAUGCAAUCUUGUCUGCCAGAAAAACGUUCCCUUCCCAGCAUGCAACGCUUUCCGGCUUCGCAGCUGUCUACAUAUCUAUGUACUUUAACUCCAGCAUCUCGGACAGCACCAAGCUGCUGAAGGCCAUGUUGGUGUUCGCCUUCGCUAUCGCCGCUGCGCUAGCCAGCCUCACCCAGAUCACACAGUAUCGCAGCCAUCCUGUCGACGUCUAUGUGGGCUUCGUCAUUGGAGCGGGAAUCGCCGUUUACCUGGCUCUAUAUGCUGUCGGAAACUUCAAACCCUCAGAAGACUCCACCCCCCGGCCCGUGAGGCAGUCCCACCAACCACAGAAGGACGCCCUGCGGGCGCUGACACAGCGCGGCCAUGACUCCGUCUACCAAAAGGCCCAUGCCUCCGAGAGCAACGAUGAGCUGGCAACCCCAGCGCAAGCUCCCGGCCUCAACCGCAAGGUGCAGCGGGAGAAGGCCUCCAUGGGCAGCCUGAAGAGAGCGAGCGCUGACGUGGAGCUUCUGGCCCCCCGCAGCCCCAUGGGGAAAGAGACAAUGGUGACAUUCAGCAACACGCUUCCUCGAGCCAACACCAAUGGUGCAGAAGAGCCUGCCCACGCCCAGCGUCACAUGACCUUCCACGUGUCUCUGGACACGCAACGCUCCAAGCAGCUGGUGUCUGAGUGGAAGCAGAAGUCUGUGGAGAUGCGGAGCCUGAGCCUGAGGGACGACUGCCAGGAGGGCAGUGCCAUGGAGGGAGAGGAGGAGUCAGACGGAGGCUCCAAGGAGGAGCUGGGCAUGCCGUCUUCCCUCUACCCCACUGUGCAGGCCAGCAGGGCGGCGGCAACACCAGGGGGUGCCAGAGUGACAAUGUCUCAGAGGCCUGGUGCCCCACAGCUGGUCCACAUCCCAGAGGAGGCAUCCAGGCCUCCACCCGUGUCCCCGAAGAGCGCCACAACCAGGGCCAAGUGGCUCUCCAUGACGGAGAAGGGCGUGCCCGUGCCAGCAGCCACACCAGAGCCGCCACGUCUCCCCAACCAACCACGGGUUGUGCAGGUCAUCGCCAUGUCAAAGCAGGCUGGCCAGGUCACAGUGUCCACACCCAGGUCCUCUGAGACGGCCUCGUCGUGUGCGACAUCCAGCACAGGCUCGGAGUCGCCCUACUACCGCAUCCAAUCCGAACGAGACAGCUGCAGCAUCAUUACGGUGGACGCUCACGGCCCACACCACCCCAUCGUGCGCCUGUCAUCAGGCAGUGCCAACACCUGGCACUGGAGAAGCAGCACCAAUGGCAGCGUCGAAGUGCACGAGGCUAGCCGCACGCUGCCCAGGCACGAGUACCGGCACGUCAAAACGGACUCGUUCAGCUCGUCCGGCGGUGAGCCCAGUCCGAGCCUGCUUCCACCCCCACCACACCCUGACUUGGUGCUGGACAGCCACAGUCGUGAGCUGCCCACCCACCGCAAGCCCUCCAUCUCGGGCAAGGACUGGGACCCCGGGCAACCCCACCCCGAGCCUGACCAUUUCUUCAAGAACCUGCAGACAGACAGGCUGUUCAAAGAUGGAGGCUUGUAGAGCAACGGGACGCACAAGACUCUUUUCUCUGGCGGGUGGGAUUCAUUUUGAAUAUGUCAUGUUUCAUUGGGGAGCGGGGGAGAAUACCACAGCUCUUUUGGCUGUCUCGCAAAGAGCAUCUGGAGUGGAUCAGUGCGCAGGAGAGCCAGCAGGCGUGCACAGACGCCAGCGAGCAGGAAAGACCUUACGCAAUCUGGGAAGAAAGCUGCCCUGCAAAUCUGACCAUCAAGAAGGAGAUGGCAGUGGAUUCACUCCAGUGGAAUAUGAAACCAAACGCUAAUUAACACAGAUGUCAGAAGGCUCUGCCGGCUUCAUGAGUUUAUAGCGCGACUACACUUGCCGAUCCACAUCAAGAAGCCAUUUGAUAUAUUUGAGGACCUGAUUAUGUUCCAUUUCUAACAUAUUUCUAAUUGUAAUUCUCCAUAAUAACGUUUCUGUCUGUCAUUGUGCCAUAGGCUUUCAUGCAAACAUAAAGAUCUACCAUUUAUUGGAGGAAAACUGAUUUACUUCUGAGGACCUCUGAGUCAUGUAGAAUGUUAAGAACAGAGACUUUUGCAUAGCAGAUCUGGACAGAAUACAGGCAGUUUGAGUGCAGUCUUCCCUAGCACUCUUUUCCAGUGACUCUUUGAAGAUGACUUGGUUUAGUAGGCUUGGUAACUUUGACCCUUUUUAUACUUAACCAUUGGGAACUGUUGCUUGUUUGUGUGUUGCAUGUGUGUUUAUUUAUGUGUGCUAAGCCGUGGAAGGACUGUUAUAUAUCAGCAGAAAAAAAAAACUUCUUUCAUAUUGCUGCCUAUUGUUGAGCUUUUGGUAACAAAAUAAAAUUGCUAUUACAUUCCUUCA